UGUUUUGGAACCUCUGCUUUCUUGCAUGUGUGAAGCCUGUCUCGAGGUGCGGAACUACAUUCCAACCAAGGCUGCUGGCUUUUGGGACAAGAGUCGCUCUUUCUUGUGUGCCGGAUACCGCAGAAUUGGACGAGACGCGUAGAAGUGACGGAUAAAAAAGGACUCUGUGUUUCUCAAAAAUCCCAGGUUUUUCGGCGUAAACUGCGGUGCAUGCGCGAGUGUCGCGAGGCGCCUCUCUCUCGGCACGAAGACAAGCCGUUCGCCUCUCCCUCUCUGAGCUCGUUUUUCGCUUCUUUUCUCCCGGAGGCUCGCAUCAAAGACGUUUCCAGUGUUUGUCUUUCGUACCCUCGUGCGUUCCCGUGGUUUUCCUUGGACGCGGAACUCCAUUUUGUCGUCUUUCCCGUUCGCGGAAUCCAGCCUCUUCGGGACCGCGCUACUUUUCGUCGUCUGCGCGUGCAAGGAAGUCGACAACGCAUCCGCCGUUCUAGCCUUUCUUCAGCGUCGUCUCUCGCGUUUUUCAUCUGGCGAGAGCCGUUCUGCCCGGUUCUCAGCAAAGCCUUCGCGACACACAGACUCCAGGUCGGCGGCGACUGUCGCUUUCUCUUUGGGUUUUCUCUCCAGUUUCCGCGCGCGCUGAAACUCGGAAACUCCGGGACUCUCUUCCACUGAAAACACCAAACCGCAAACCUCUCAGGCGGAACAUCUGUCCUCUCUCUCUUCGGUUCUGCUUCUUCCGUCACGAUCAUGGUCACCUCUACAGCUCAGCCUGGGGGAGGAGACGACGAGAGAGCAAGAGCUCUCCAGGCGUAUGUCGCCAAAGUCAAGGAACACAGAGAGUGUGAAGCGAAAGUGAAGAAACUUCGAGAAGAAGUGAAGAAACAGUCUGGUCGAUAUGAGAAGACCGAAGACGACUUAAAAGCGCUGCAGGGCGUCGGCCAGCUAAUUGGGGAAGUUCUCAAGCAACUGGACUCUGAGAAAUUCAUCGUCAAAAUGUCCAGUGGACCACGCUACAUGGUCGGCAGCAAACCGAAAAUCGACAAAGCCUCUCUCACAGCCGGCACCCGCGUCGCUCUCGACAUGACGACACUGACAGUGAUGCGGAAGCUGCAGAGAGAAGUGGACCCUCUUGUUUUCAACAUGCUCCAUGAGGAUCCGGGAAGUGUGCAGUACGGAGAGGUAGGAGGUCUCAGCGAGCAGAUCCGACAGAUGCGCGAGGUGAUUGAGUUACCUCUUACAAAUCCUGAACUGUUCAAGAGAGUCGGCAUCAAGACCCCCAAAGGCGUUCUCCUCUACGGUCCGCCAGGAACAGGGAAAACUCUUCUUGCUCGCGCGAUGGCGUCCAACAUGAACUGCAACUUCAUGAAGGUCGUGGCGUCCGCGAUCGUCGACAAGUACAUCGGAGAGAGUGCCCGAGUUAUCCGUGAGAUGUUUGCCUACGCCCGCGACCACGAGCCGUGCAUCAUCUUCAUGGAUGAGAUCGACGCCAUCGGAGGCCGCCGGUUCUCUCAAGGCACCUCAGCUGACCGCGAAAUUCAGCGCACUCUCAUGGAGUUGCUGAAUCAACUGGACGGAUUCGAUGAACUUGGCGCAGUGAAGAUCAUCAUGGCCACCAACAGACCAGACGUCCUCGACCCGGCUCUUAUGCGCCCCGGUCGUCUCGAUCGGAAAAUCGAAAUUCCGCUGCCCAACGAGACGGCCCGUGUUGACAUCUUGAAAAUCCACUCCAGCAAAAUCGCGAAACAGGGCGACAUCGACUACGAGGCAAUCUGCAAGCUGUGCGACGGCUUCAAUGGCGCAGAUCUGCGAAACGUCUGUACAGAGGCUGGCAUGUUUGCGAUUCGGGCAGAGAGAGACUAUGUGGUGGAAGAAGAUUUUUUCAAGGCCGCUAGGAAGUUGGCGGACAACAAGAAACUGGAGAGCACUAUCGACUACGACUUUUGAGAUUGCAGGUCUUCUGUGUCUCCCCGUGCUUUUCUGCUUCUCGCUUGUUUCCAGUGUUCUUUUCCAGUGUAUCUCUUGUGUUUCAACUCGUUUUGUUUUUGAACAGGGAGGGAUUGUCGCUUUCUCCUAACUCGACUUUCGCGACAGUGUGUGCAGAGAAGAGUGCGGCCGGGGCGGAA